UCCGUGUUGUCUGGUGUAUGGUGGGAAAGAGCGGAGUGCUGCACAUAAAUGAAAAGGGGGGCCGGGAAUAAAAAUAUAAAUUGCGCAUAUGUGGAGUGAGAAAUGUCUACAAAGCAAGUCACCUGCAGAUAUUUUAUUCAUGGCGUUUGUCGAGAGGGGAACAGAUGCAUGUUCUCACACGAUCUGGCAACCAGCAAACCCUCAACAAUAUGUAAAUUUUACCAGAGAGGCAUGUGUGCGUAUGGUGACCGUUGCAGAUAUGACCACAUCAAACCUGGUGGACGGGGAGGUGGACCGCCUGUGGAGCACACAAACCGAGCCAGUAGUGCGGGAGCAUCCGUCCCAGGACCAGGGCCUCCACCAAGUACAGGCAGAAGUACUAAGAAAGCGAUAGUGCUGAGAGACAGAGCUUUGGCCAGUGACAGUAGAGGCCAGCCUUACAGUGGAGAAAGUGCAGAGGUUCUGGAUUGUUGGGACUACAGAGACAGCUCUCAGGCCAAACCUCACACCUACCUGGAUGCCAUCCGUUCAGGUCUGGAGAGUUCAGCCACAGCCAGCCCUUACCCUGACGUGUCCCACCAGCCACAGCUCUGUCCUUACGCCGCUGCUGGUCAGUGUCACUAUGGCAACACUUGCCCGUAUCUCCAUGGCGACAUGUGUGAGAUUUGCAGGUUGCAGGUUUUACAUCCUCAUGACCCAGAGCAGAGGGCAGCACAUGAGAAGAUGUGUAUGAUGGCCUUUGAGAUGGACAUGGAAAAGGCUUUUGCAGUGCAGCAUAGCCAGGACAAGGUGUGCAGCAUCUGCAUGGAGGUGGUGUAUGAGAAGGCGUCUCCGUCCGAGCGGCGUUUCGGCAUCCUGUCUAGCUGCUGCCAUACCUACUGCCUGAGCUGCAUCCGGCAGUGGCGCUGCGCAAAGCAGUUUGAGAACAAGAUCAUCAAGUCUUGUCCAGAAUGCCGAGUGGUGUCAGAGUUUGUUAUUCCCAGUAUCUACUGGGUGGAAGAUCAGGAAGAGAAGAACCGUCUCAUUGAAGAGUUUAAAUCUGGAGUCAGCAAGAAGCCCUGCAAGUACUUUGACCAGGGGAGGGGAACGUGUCCGUUUGGAGGGAAAUGUUUCUACAUGCAUGCCUACCCUGAUGGGACACGAGCCGAACCAGACAAACCUCGAAAGCAACUCAGCUCAGAGGGGAAUGUUCGGUUUCUCAAUUCUGUCCGGCUGUGGGACUUCAUUGAGGAACGCGAGCAUCGCGGAGUUCCGCAGUACGAAGAUGAAGUCAACGAACUGGGAGAACUCUUCAUGCAGCUGUCUGCAGCUGGAGAGGACAGCGGACCCUCAGCAUCCCACUAAUUUCACACAUACAGAUCCAGACCUGUAGGCCGACCUCGGAAACCAUGGUUUCAUAUCUUUGGUAACUGUGUACAUUAUCUGGGCAAUAAAAAUGUACUCACUGGUAAAGCUUUUCCUGUUUAUGGUUUGAGGUGUUUUUCAUAAAAAAAAAAAAAAAUCUUUUUACCUGUGGUACAUUUUUGUGGAAUGACAUAUAGUAUAUGAAUAUGACAAUAUUUAAAGGCACCUGUAUUGUUUCUGUAAGCUGCUAUGUUUUCCUGAUACGUGUUAGAAUCUUGCUGGAUUAAAAAGAUUUUUAAUGCGUCCACAGAAAACAUGAAAAAAAGGGACUGGCACAUUAUGAAUGCACUCAAGUAGUGUGUGAAGUAUAAUGAGUAUGACGAAUAUUGUGUAUUUAAAAAAAAAAAAAACAUAUAUACUGUAAUUGUUGCACUUAGAUCCGUUUAUGAAGAGGCGACUUCUCUACUAUUUUUUGGGGAAAAAUGCAAUAUUGGAAGAAAAAAAAAGAUCCAUUUUCUUGUAACUGCUCAUUCCUUACCUAUUACUUCGGUAAAUGUUUUUAGGACUGCUUAGAUAUAAUUACAUCCUCCUGAACACAACAGGAAUAGUAAUACUGAACUUUAUCCCAUCUAGUGUACACUUGAACUGAAGGUACCUGAUGAGGCUCAUAUUGUUCUGUUCUAUGAAUUGUCUUGUUGAGUGAAGCUGGUGAGACUGUAAUAAAAUAGCAGUGAUUCA